AUGCGGUCCAUUGCUGGAUUUCACCGGAGUGGAAUUUCUGUCUGGGAUAAGGAUCCCCGUUUAAGUCCUGUGAAUGAAACUCAGCUGUUCCUGCGUGACACGUUCCCUCCCAAUUUCCUGUGGGGAGUGGGAACCAGUGCCUUUCAGGUGGAGGGGAGUCAGCAAGGGGAUGGGAAAGGUGCCUCAAUUUGGGAACACUUCCUCCAUUCCAACUUCAGAGAUGCUUACAGGACGGAGGACUGGAGCAACAGCUACACAUUCCUGGAAAAAGAUUUAGCCGCCCUGAGUUUUUUGAGGGUCUCUUCCUACCACUUUUCCCUCUCCUGGCCGAGGCUCUUUCCUACCGGCAUGGUGACAGCCGUCAAUCAGAAAGGACUCAGCUACUACAACCGUCUGCUGGAUGCUCUCGUCCAGAGAGGCAUUGAGCCCGUCGUCACCCUGUACCACUGGGACUUGCCGUGGGAACUGCAGGAGAGAUACGGAGGCUGGGAAAACGACUCCCUGGUUGACGUUUUCAACGACUAUGCCACUUUUUGCUUCCGAGCCUUUGGAGAUCGGGUGAAGUACUGGAUUACAAUACACAACCCUUAUCUCGUCGCUUGGCACGGAUACGGCACAGGGCUUCAUGCCCCCGGAGAGAGGCGCAAAGGUGCUGCCUACGUGGUGGGACAUAACCUGAUCAAGGCUCAUGCAAAAGUCUGGCAUAAUUACGACCGACAUUUUCGACCCCAGCAGAGAGGUUUUGUAUCGAUCACGUUGGGAUCUCACUGGGUUGAGCCGAGUCAAAUCAAUAAUGAAUCCGAUAUUGAAAAGUGUCAGCUGUCCAUCCAAAAUGUCCUAGGCUGGUUUGCGAAGCCGAUACACGGAGAUGGAGAUUACCCCGAAGAGCUGAAGAUGGGACUUCCCUUUCUGCUCCCAAAAGUCACGCCGACCGAAAGGAAAUAUUUUAAAGGGACCGCCGAUUUCUUUGCCUUUUCCUUCGGGCCAAAUAACUUUAAACCUCCGGGCAAUGUGCCCCAAAUGGACCAAAAUUUCUCCCUCGACUUGAGGGGAGUUUUGAACUGGAUCAAAGCGGAAUACAACCCUCCCAGGAUCUUGAUUGCGGAAAAUGGCUGGUUCACCAACAAGGAUGUGACAACAGAAGACACGACGGCAAUUUACCUAAUGAAGAACUUUGUUAAUAAGGUUUUGCAAGCUAUUAAAUACGAUCAGAUUGAGGUGUUUGGCUACGUGUCUUGGUCUCUCCUGGAUGGAUUUGAAUGGCAACAGAUGUUCAACACCCGGCGAGGAUUGUUUUACGUAGACUUUAAUAGUAAAGCGAAGGAGCGGAUCCCCAAGUCAUCUGCAUUUUAUUAUAAGCAAAUUAUUCAGGAGAAUGGCUUUCCUGCGGAAGAAUCGACCCGGACUUUGCAAGGCCAAUUUCCUCGGGACUUUUUCUGGGGCAUCACCGAAUCAGUUAUCAAGUUCUGUGACCCUAACCUGUAUCUCUGGAACGUCUCCGGCGACGGAAAAUUCUAUCAGGUGAAGGGAGUGAAGUUGAAAACCCGGCCAGUUCAGUGCACGGACUUCACCAGCCUUAAAACACAUCUUCAACUGCUGUCACGAAUGAAGGUCACUCAUUACAGAUUCGCCUUCAAUUGGUCGCUGCUCCUCCCCAGCGGCGAUCUGCUGUCCCUUAACCGCCAAGUCCUUCGGUAUUACCGAUGUCUGAUUAGCGAGACGCUCAAGCUCAAUGUGAAGCCCGUGGUGACCUUGUACUAUCCGACCUAUCAGUCACUAAGCCUGCCGGGUCCUUUACUUCAACACGGCGGUUGGUUGAAUCAAUCCACCGUCCGGGCAUUUAGAACUUAUGCCGAAAAGUGCUUCCAGGAAUUUGGAGACUUGGUUAAAUUCUGGAUCACCGUCAACGAGCCAAAUCGGUUCAGUGACGUUUACAACGGCAGCAGCAAUGACACGUACCAGGCAGCUCACAACUUGCUGAUGGCUCACGCCACGGCUUGGCAGGUCUACGAUAAGCGGUAUCGGUCUUCCCAGCGGGGUCAGGUGUCUCUGUCUCUGCACUGCGAUUGGGCGGAACCUGCCAAUCCUUAUUUCGAUAGCCACUUGGAAGCGGCCGAGAGGUUCCUCCAGUUUGAGAUGGCCUGGUUUUUAGACCCUCUGCUGAAGACGGGGGACUAUCCCCCAGCCAUGAGGAAAUAUCUCGGUUACAAAAAAGGCCAAGGCCUCUCCAGUUCCUUUUUGCCCUUUUUCACCAAGGGAGAGAAGCAGCUGGUUCGGGGGGCUGCCGAUUUUAUCGCCGUGAAUCACUUCACCACGAGAUUCGUGGCCCACGAUUCGAAGAACGGGAGCCGGUAUGAAUUCGACCAGGACAUUCAACUCGUGCAAGAUUUCACCUACCUCAGUUCCCCCUUUCGCUCCGCCGUGGUGCCUUGGGGGUUACGCAAAGCCCUGAACUGGAUCCGUCGGCGUUACGGCGAUACGGACAUUUACCUCACGGCUAGCGGGAUCGAGGACCUGUCGAACGACAACGACGAGCUCCGAAAAUACUACAUCGGAAAGUACGUGCAGGAAGCGUUUAAAGCUUACCGCGUCGACAAAGUCAACCUCAAAGGCUACUUUGGAUUUAAGCUCACGGACGAAGUCGCCAAACCCAAAAUCGGAUUCUUCAAUGCCGAAUUCCAGGCCAAGGCUUCCGUCCAAUUCUACAAUCAGCUGAUCUGCAACAACGGCUUCCCCACCGAGCCGACAGAUAAAUGCGGCCAACAAACAACGGACACGGCUCCCUGCACCCUCUGCCUGCUUUUCGUUCGGGAAAAGCCGCUAAUCUUUCUCGGAUGCUGCCUUCUGGCUACACUAGUGACGCUUCUAAGUAUCGUUGCUUUUCAUAAACGAAAGAAAAGAAAACAACACUGGUCAAAAUACUUCCAGCACUUUGGUCUUUCUGUUGAAACGAAAGCUAAGAAAGUCCCUAGCCAGAUAUAG